AUGAAUUGGAAGUCGUAUGUUUUUCCUGGUGGUCACCCACCGGCUGCGUUGACCACAGGCCUAGUGGUGUUUCUGACCGCUAUUUAUCUGUUAAGUUUCGUCUUCUCCCUGAGGGAGGACCUGUCCUUGGCGCCAGAGUCAUUGUUCAAGCUGCAAAUGAGCAGACUAUCGCUUUAUCCGUUGAUUCACUUAUCAUUGCCCCAUUUGUUGUUCAACGUCCUAGCCAUCUGGGCACCCUUAAAUCUCUUUGAAGAAACGCAUGGGACUGUGUACACAGGCGUGUUCUUGAACCUGAGUGCACUGUUUGCCGGAAUUCUGUACUGUUUGUUGGGGAAACUGCUAUAUCCGGAAGUGUCAGUUGCGGGCGCCAGUGGAUGGUGUUUCACCCUGUUCGCAUACUACAGUUUUAAAGAAUCGCAGAUCCGUCCUAGAACAAGGAUCUUUCGCACAGACUACUCGAUUCCAACCGUGUACACACCUAUAAUGAUAUUAGUUGCAAUUGCUGUCGUUAUACCUGGUUCCAGUUUUUGGGGUCACUUCUUCGGCCUGUGCGUCGGUUACGCCAUAGGUUACAAAGAAUCGUGGUUCCACAAGAUCACUCCGCCAGGGUGGAUCAUUACCAAGAUCGAAAACCUCCUGGACAGCCUGAUUCGAUUGAUACCUUGGGGAAUUAGAUAUUACAGAGAUGGGGACAUCGACAGAACUAAGGAUUACGAACCGCUGAUGGUCACAGAAACGCCAUUGCCUCUCCACAACGACAAUUCCGGUACUGUCCUUGGAACUGCGUAG